UUCCAGCUCCGCGUCGCGAGGUGGGAGACGAGAGCCCACGCGCUCUCCUCCGCAACCCCAAAAGCCCAUCCAGAACCCCGCCAUCUAGGGUUUCGCCGCCAUGGGCUCCGUCGCCUCCGCCGCAGCGCCGCCCCCGCCGCCUCCAGUGCAGCCCCACAUGGCCGCGCCGCCGUACGGGGCUGGCCUCGCGGGCAUCCUCCCGCCGAAGCCGGACGGCGAGGAGAAGAAGAUGGAGGAGAAGGUGGACUACCUCAACCUCCCCUGCCCAGUGCCCUUCGAGGAGAUCCAGCGCGAGGCCCUCAUGUCACUGAAACCCGAGCUCUUUGAAGGAUUGAGGUUUGACUUCACAAAAGGGUUAAAUCAGAAGUUCUCACUUAGCCACAGUGUUUUUAUGGGUUCCUUAGAAGUUCCAUCUCAGUCAACUGAAACUAUAAAAGUUCCAACAGCGCAUUAUGAAUUCGGUGCCAAUUUUAUAGAUCCAAAGUUGAUUCUCGUAGGAAGGGUGAUGACAGAUGGAAGACUGAAUGCUCGUGUGAAAUGUGAUCUGACAGAUGAUCUCACUCUGAAAGUAAAUGCACAGCUUACUCAUGAGCCGCAUUACUCCCAAGGAAUGUUUAACUUUGACUACAAGGGGACAGAUUACCGAGCACAGUUCCAAAUUGGAAACAAUGCGUUCUAUGGGGCAAAUUAUAUUCAGAGUGUUACACCGAAUUUGUCAAUGGGAACUGAAAUAUUCUGGCUUGGCCACCAAAGGAAGUCAGGAAUUGGUUUUGCUUCUCGAUAUAAUUCAGACAAAAUGGUGGGUACUCUACAGGUUGCCAGUACUGGUAUAGUUGCCUUGAGCUAUGUCCAGAAAGUUUCUGAGAAGGUUUCCCUUGCGUCUGACUUCAUGUAUAACCACAUGUCAAGAGAUGUGACUUCUAGCUUUGGUUAUGACUAUAUGCUUAGGCAGUGCCGACUAAGGGGGAAAAUUGACUCAAAUGGUGUUGUUGCUGCAUAUUUGGAAGAGAGAUUGAACAUGGGAGUUAAUUUUCUUCUUUCUGCAGAGAUUGACCAUCCAAAGAAGAACUACAAGUUUGGUUUUGGAAUGACAGUAGGAGAGUAAAAUAUGUCCACAGAAAUGGCUCUGAGAGGAUAUGUGAUACUUCUGUAGUUGGUUGUAUGUGCUUUGGAGGAUGUUCACAAUACUUCAGGCUUCGGGUUACGUGUGACCAGGUUCUUGCCCUUGUGGGUUGGGAAAAUAUAGGAAUGCUGUUGCUACUUUUACAGUCUUUUUUUGGCGUGAUGGAGGUUGUCUCAUUUGGGUUCCUAGAUAAAAAGGGCAUUAGGGGAGACCAUGAUUCUUUGUUCAAUCUUGGAUGGAACAAGCUGUACGACGUUAAUAAUGUUGUAUUGGCUCCGGCAAUGUGUCAAUUUUACCCUAGAGUUUCCAACGCUCGUCCUUUUUGUGUAAUAACCAUCUUGCACGAGCUGCAGAAGAUAGCAUUCAAAGGUCAUGUCAUGUUCCAUGUU